AUGGAAAAAAAGCGUUUUCUCCAGACAAUGGAUGGAAUGAUAUGUCAAUCUUUCAUAGUGCGUUUUGAUUGGACAGUCUCCGUACGUGGCCUGGGGUAAGGCCCUCUUUUUCGUCACUGGCCUUCGCGUCACUUGACAUUUAACAAUACUAGACAUCCUUCUUCAUUGCCUGAUUUUGCAACAGAACGCAUCGCUUCCUCCUCAAACCCGUACAGCUUUUGCUCUAUUAUCUAUUGCGCAGAUAAACUGGUAAGUUUUUUUCUAUCAACUAAUCCUUUUUUUAUGUAAGAUGAUGUCGUUUUCAGCAGACAUUACUGUAUCAUUGUAUUUAUAAGCCUCAAGCUGAAUAGGUUAUAUAUAUAUAUAUAUAUAUAUAUAUAUAUAUAUAUAUAUAUAUAUAUAUAUAUAUAUAUAUAUAUAUAUAUGAAAAUGUAUGCACUCACUAACUGUAAGUCGCUCUGGAUAAGAGCGUCUGCUAAAUGACUAAAAUGUAAAUGUAAUAUAUAUAUAUAUAUAUAUAUAUAUAUGAUGUCGUAUUUUAUUUUAUGACUAUAGUUGUUGAAGUAUGACUCUUACGUGUGACUCUUCCUGUCCGGCACCUCCCAAUGUAUUACAAGGUCAUACGGAUGCAAUGGCAAGGACAGACGCGGAAGUAACGCUAGCCAGGACUUCACAUAGCAUUUAAUAACGCGUAUAUUAUGUAAACUGUUCAUAGCGCGCAAAUAAAUCCAGAAAUAUCACACAAGCGCUCCCCAAAAGACGAUCAGGGCAUCGUGUACACGCCUACAUCAACGGAUGCCAAAAGCGAAUCCCUCACGUACGCACGGCAUGUGAAAACUCCAUAGAGCGCAACGCACCGGCUAUAAGGGAAGAUUUGGAUGUAUAAUGAGAUUUCAAACGAGUGUCAUUUCGUUUUUCACGGUUGAAAUGCUCACCAGAAUAUUUUAGAUGCUUUUGUUUGAGAAAUCAGACGGUCUCUUCCGAUGGCGCACAUAGGCAGACCAAGGUUGGGAGACUCAUCAUGAUAACUAGCCUGCGCAGCUGCUAGUGGGUUAUAUCUACUCUAUCGUCUGGGCUUGAUGUACACAGACGGUAGGUAAUACACUCGUGUCCCCGGGCGACAGGUUCGUAGUACGCAUAUUUCCCCCAUUUUUUUCGCCCUUCUCGCCAUUAAAAGGACAUUGAAGCCUUUUGCAGCCUGAAUGGAGAAUGUUUUAUGUACGAACCGGUCGCGGGGGGAGUGCAUUACCGGCUACGCACAUCAAGCUCAGACGAUAGUGGAGAUCCAUAAAGCGCACUAGCGGCUACAUAAUAACCGCUUGUAAAGGACACUUAGCUAGCGAAGGCUGUCAAGAAUGUCAAUAUGGUUAUGAUUACCAAUGUUAAUGUAUUUAUUUAACAUAAUACACAUAGGUAAUUUAGUAGCAUAGGCCCAGGCCCAGGCCUAUACCUUAUGACGCUGCUAUGACAUUUGAUUGCGUGGUGAUAAACCAUCCAUGCUACAAACACUGAAUCUUUCAACAGAAUGAUUUAUAACAAUGAUUUCUCUCUCUCCAUGUUUCCCUCAAUCAUCCCCCUCUCUCCCUCCCCCCUCCCCCUUCUCCCUCACUCCCCUCCCCUCUCUCCCUCACUCCCACCUCCCCUCUCGAUCUCGCUCUCUCUCUCAGAGACACAAUGCCUCACUCAUUCCCAUUCCUCUCUACGGAGCAGAAGAAGGAGCUCAGUGAUAUUGCUCAGAAGAUCGUCGCUCCCGGCAAGGGAAUCCUUGCUGCUGAUGAGUCCACAGGUAGGGGACUGCCGAUGAGUCCACACACACGGAUCAGAUCACCCACUAAACACACUCAUACAUGGCAUAUCAAAGAUGGUGUACGGUGGCCUAUAAUGGGCUAUAACUGGCACUGCCAGACUGGCAGAGCGAGAGAGAGAGACAGAGAGAUCGCACUAUUACAUACACAACCUUCCCUACAUAACAAGGUCUACAUGUAAAAACAGUGUAUUAUCAGAAAGAGAAGGGUAUAAGAAUGUAUUAAACACAAUUUGAACGCUUACCAUCACUUUUCACAAUGUCUGCAAGCAAAACCACAUCUUCAGCUGUAACCUACCGCAGAGAAAGUCUUGCCCAAAUGGCACUGUAGGCUACUUACAUAACACAUAGAAAAAAUGUCACAAUCCCUGAAAGGGAGAAUGGCAACAUCCACUCUCUGCUGUUACCAUGGUGAUGUUCCUCCAUCCUUCCGAGAGCCUCGGAAAUACAACACUUGGCAAACUGUCCUGCAUGCUGGCACUAAACCUCCCAUUCAAAUUACAAUACAGAUGUCUUGGAGCAUUUGGUGCCAACAAGGCCAGUAUUCCAAAUUUAGUAUUUAUUAAGUGGUGAUUUUGUGGGGUUUGUCUGUGCAUGGUAUUGCACUUCAAACCAGAAUCUUCAUGUCCCAAGGCCAGCCCGCUAACCAAAGUAGAGAUUUGGAAUUGUCAUAACACUAGUAUAUACUGUAUAUUUAGGAAUGUAUUAAAGUGGAACUGAUAGUAUUUUAGCAACAUGAAAUCUUAUUCAAAUCUGUUCUUAUACACCGCAGGAAGAAUAUGCCACUUAUUUAUUUUUACAUUUUCUGACAAGCGAGCACUUAGAUAUGGUCAUUAGAAUGUUUGGGAAUUACGUAUGGUAAGGCUUUUUGAAAAUUGUAUAGCAAUAUAGAGUGGGAAAACGGCCGUGCUUUUGGACAAUUAAUAGACACUGCAGUAAAUAAAACCUGAUAAAAACAUCUGUCUCGUCCCAGCACCAGAGUCUACACAGACCGGUGUGCCAUAGCCAAUCAGAGCUACGGUAGGUCUUUAUGCAAACAAGCCAUUUGUCACACAGGCCUGCCAUCAUUCACUUUGAACUGGACUGUGUGUUUACAGGCAGUAGCAACAGCGCGACUUUAGAUCAUUAGAACGCAUUCGGCAAAAGCCACAAAAUACACCUGAAUGGAUUUCUGCAAAUACACUGUAUUCGGAAAGUAUUCAGACCCCUUCACUUUUUCUACAUUUUGUUACGUUACAGCCUUAUUCUAAAAUGGAUUAAAUAAAAAAAAAUAUUCAUCAAUCUACACACAUAAUGACAAAGCAAAAACUGGUUUGUAGAAAUUUUAACAAAUGUAUUAAAAAUAAAAAACAGAAAUACCUUAUUUACAUAAGUAUUCAGAUCCUUUGCUAUGAGACUCGAAAUUGAGCUCAGGUGCACCCUGUUUCCAUUGAUCAUCCUUGAUAUGCAGGAGUGGCUUCAGAGACUUGUCCCGAAGCCACUCCUGCAUUGUCUUGGCUAUGUGCUUAGGGUCGUUGUCCUGUUGGAAGGUGAACCUUCACCCCAGUCUGAGGUCCUGAGCGUUCUGGAGCAGGUUUUCAUCAAAGAUCUCUCAGUACUUUGCUCCGUUCACCUUUCCCUCGAUCCUGACUAGUCUCCCAAUCCCUGCCGCUGAAAAACAUCCCCACAGCAUGAUGCUGUCACCACCAUGCUUCACCAUAGGGAUGGUGCCAGGUUUCCUCCAGACGUGACGCUUGGCAUUCAGGCCAAAGAGUUCAAUCUUGGUUUCAUCAGACCAGAAAAUCUUGUUUCUCAUGAUCUGAAAGUCCUUUAGGUGCAUUUUGGCAGACUCUAAGCGGGCUGUCAUUUGCCUUUUACUGAGGAGUGGCUUCCGCCUGGCCACUCUAUCAUAAAGGCUUGAUUGGUGGAGUGCUGCAGAGAUGGUUGUCCUUCUGGAAGGUUCUCCCAUCUCCACAGAGGAACUCUGGAGCUCUGUCAGAGUGACCAUUGGGUUCUUGGUCACCUCCCUGACCGAGACCCUUCUCCCCUGAUUGCUCAGUUUGGCCGGGCAGCCAGCUCUAGGAAGAGUCUUUGUGGUUCCAAACUUCUUCCAUUUAAGAGUGAUGGAGGCCACUGUGUUCUUGGGGACCUUCAAUGCUGUAGACAUUUUUUGGUACCCUUCCCCAGAUCUGUGCCACGACACAAUCCUGUCUCGGAGUUCUAUGGACAAUUCCUUCUACCUCAUGGCUUGGUUUUUUGCUCUGACAUGCACUGUCAACUGUGGGACCUUAUAUAGACAGGUGUGUGCCUUUCCAAAUAAUGUCCAAUCAAGUGAAUUUACCACCGGUGGACUCCAAUCAAGUUGUAGAAACAUCUCAAGGAUGAUCAAUGGAAACAGGAUGCACCUGAGCUCAAUUUCUAGUCUCAUAGUAAAGGGUCUAAAUACUAAUGUAAAUAAGGUAUUUCUAAAAACCUGUUUUUGCUUUGUCAUUAUGGGGUAUUGUGUGUAGAUGAUGAGGAUUUUUAUAUAUUUAAUCCAUUUUAGAAGAAGGUUGUAACAUAACAAAAUGUGGAAAAAGGGAAGGGGUCUGAACACUUUCCGAAUGCACUGUGUAUAUUUUAUAUUUAUUGUAUUAAUAUUUAACCUCAUUCCAUCCCACCUGUAGGCAGCGUGGCCAAGCGCUUCCAAAGCAUCAACGCUGAGAACACUGAGGAGAACCGCCGUCUUUACCGCCAGCUCCUCUUCACGGCCGACCGCGUAGAGCCAUGCAUCGGUGGAGUCAUCUUCUUCCAUGAGACCCUGUACCAGAAGACAGACGACGGCAAGCUGUUCCCCCAGCUCAUCAAGGAGAGGGACAUGGUGGUGGGCAUCAAGGUGGACAAAGGUGUCGUCCCCCUAGCCGGGACCAACGGAGAGACCACCACACAGGGUGAGAGAUGACGCCAGGGCUAGGUGACCUUUGACCUCUAGUAUUGAGCUCAACAUUGCUACAUAUGCAGAUUGUAUUCAGGGGAUGGUUUGAAGAGUGAAACUGGAACAAAGUGUCGAGUCAUGUUUAUUUCAUAAUGUUAAACAUAUCCAUCCCCUCUCUCUCUGUGUCUGUCUGUCUGUCUCUCUCUCUGUAUGUCUCUCUGUCUCUCUCCCUCAGGUCUGGAUGGGCUGUACGAGCGGUGUGCCCAGUACAAAAAGGACGGAGCUGACUUUGCUAAGUGGCGUUGUGUGCUGAAGAUCACUGACACCACCCCCUCAGAGCUGGCCAUCAUGGAGAACGCCAACGUCCUGGCCCGCUACGCCAGCAUCUGCCAGAUGGUGAGACACACACAAACACACACACACACACACACACACACACACACAUAAAGAACAACAAACACGCAUUGAACAUAUGUGAACAUAUUGGCACACAUAAAAUUAGUUGGCACACACUUGGCCUGGCCCCUACAGUUCACGCUUACAUAACAUCAUUCCCCACUCUUCAUCAAUCUCCACAAAACAAUAUCUAUUUAUUAUAAAUGUUUCACAUCUCUGCUUCGAAAAACCAUAUCACCACUAUAAUUACUUAUCAAGGAGUUGUAGUUAUUUUAGCCUGCUCUGUAGCUUUAGAGUUAACCACCAAGUGAAUCAAAUUAGCUCGAGUGCCAAGUUGCCAACUCCGGUGCCAUUGAAAUGCCGGGCACGGGCACCCUAACAAAUAAAGUUGCAUUGUCUGUUCUGUAGUCAUGACGCUGGUUGUCAUGCUCCUGUUCCCUUCCCUAGCACGGCAUCGUGCCCAUCGUGGAGCCCGAGAUCCUGCCAGACGGAGACCAUGACCUGAAGCGCUGCCAGUAUGUCACUGAGAAGGUAAGGGAUCGCUCCGACUAACAGAAAAACAGUGGCUACCUUCCAAUGGCCAUUCUAGCAUGCCACUUAAAAUGCAUGUCUGCUUCAUUCUAAGUAAGCUGCAUUUACACAGGCAGUCCAAUUCUGAUCUUUCUCCCACAUAUUGGUCUUUUGACCAAUCACAUCAAAUCUUUUCACAUUAGAUCAUGUUCAGAUCUGAUCUGAUUGGUCAAAAGACCAAUUAGUGAAAAAAAUAUCAGAAUUGGGCUGCCUGUGUAAACGCAACCUUAGUGUGCUAGUGUGGGUAUUGGAAUAGAGUGUGCUUAGUCUGUAGGAUAGGGACACUCAUUAGAUCAAUCAGUCAUUCAAUCCAUUUCAAUUUCAACAUCUCUCUCUCUCUAUCCCCUUGUCUCUCUCUGUCCCCUUGUCUCUCUCUCUCUCUCUCUCUGUCCCCUUGUCUCUCUCUCUCUGUCCCCUUGUCUCUCUCUCUCUUCUCUUCUCUUCCUCUCUCUUCUGUCCCUCUCUGUCUCUCUCUCUCUCUCUGUCCUUUCUCUUUCCUCUCCUCUCCUCUCCCUGUCCUUUCUCUCUCUCGUCCUUGUCUCUCUCUCUGUCCUCUUGUCUCUCUCUCUUCUGUCCCCUUGUCUCUCUCUCUCUCUGUCCCCUUGUCUCUCUCUCUCUCUGUCCCUUGUCUCUCUCUCUCUGUCCCUCUGUCUCUCUCUCUCUGUCCUUGUCUCUCUCUCUGUCCCCUUGUCUCUCUUUCUCUCUGCCCCCUUGUCUCGCUCUCUCGCUCGCUCCGCUCUGUCCUCCCUCUCCCUCCCCCCGGUCUGGUGCGUGUAUAAGGCUCUGUCAGACCACCAUGUGUACCUGGAGGGCACCCUGCUGAAGCCCAACAUGGUCACCCCCGGACACUCCUGCUCCCAAAAGUACAGCAACCAGGAGAUAGCCAUGGCAACUGUCACCGCCCUGCGCCGCACCGUGCCCCCGGCCGUGCCUGGUGAGAAGGAGAGACAUAUACACUACCAGUCAACAUUUUGGACACGCCUACUCAUUCAAGGGUUUUUCUUUAUUUGUACAAUUUUUUACAUUGUAGAAUAAUAGUGAAGACAUCAAAACUAUGAAAUAACACAUAUGGAAUCAUGUAGUAACCAAAAAAGUGUUAAACAAAUCAAAAUAUAUUUUAUAUUUGAGAUUCUUCAAAUAGCCACCCUUUGCCUUGAUGACAGCUUUGCACGCUUGGCAUUCUCUCAACCAGCUUCGCCUGGAAUGCUUUUCCAACAGUCUUGAAGGAGUUCCCACAUAUGCUGAGUGCUUGUUGGCUGCUUUUCCUUAAAUCUGCCGUCCGACUCAUCCCAAGCCAUCCCAAUUUCCACCGGUCUAAUGUCCAUUGCUCGUGUUUCUUGGCCCAAGCAGGUCUCUUCUUCUUAUUGGUGUCCUUUAGUAGUGGUUUAUUUGCAGCAAUUCAACCAUGAAUGCUUGAUUCACACAGUCCUCUCUGAACAGUUGAUGUUGAGAUGUGUCUGUUACUUGAACUCUGUGAAGCAUUUAUUUGGGCUGCAAUUUCUGAGGCUGGUAACUCUAAUGAACUUAUCCUCUGCAGCAGAGGUAACUCUGGGUCUUCCAUUCCUGUGGCGGUCCUCAUGAGAGCUAGUUUCAUCAUAGCGCUUGAUGGUUUUUGCGACUGCACUUGAAGAAACUUUCAACGUUUUUGAAAUGUUCCAUUUUGAAUGACCUCCAUGUCUUAAAGUAAUGAUGGACUGUCAUUUCUCUUUACUUAUUUGAGCUGUUCUUGCCAUAAUAUGGACUUGGUCUUUUAUCAAAUAGGGCUAUCUUCUGUAUACCUUGUCACAACACAACUGAUUGGCUCAAACGCAUUAAGAAGGAAAGAAAUUCCAUAAAUUAACUUUUAACAAGGCACACCUGUUAAUUGAAAUGUGUUCCAGGUGACUAUCUCAUGAAGCUGGUUGAGAGAAUGCCAAGAGUGUGCAAAGCUGUCAUCAAGGCAAAGGGUGGCUACUUUGAAGAAUCUCAUUUGUUUAACACUUUUUUGGUUACUACAUUAUUCCAUAUGUGUUAUUUCAUAGUUUUGAUGUCUUCACUAUUAUUCUACAAUGUAGAAAAUAGUACAAAUAAAGAAAAACCCUUUAAUGAGUAGGUGUGUCCAAACUUUUGACUGGUGGUGUACAUAUAUAAAAAUGGAGACACACAUGCACACACAUACACACAUGCAUGCACGCAUGUUUAGCACAUGGAGAUGUGUGAAACGUACCCCUCAGCCUUAAGUGUCCACGCUUGCGCCGCUCAAGACCUAGCUUUAGAGUGGCGCAACCCGUAGAGAUGCUUGAGGGAGGACAGUCAGGUGUGUUUGUGAAGCAGAGGUCCCGGUUUCGAGCCAGGUAUGUGCCGAAUCGGAAGGAAGUGGUACACACUAAGCAAGCAGCAUGACAUCCUUUACACACGCACGCACGCACACACACUCACUCAACCCACUUUCCACACACACACAUACAUACAAACACACACACAACCCCCCUCCCCCCACACACAUCCCCUCCCCCUCUCUUAUCUUACCCUUCAUCUUCCUGUCUCCCUCCCUCCGUCCUUCCACAGGCAUCACCUUCCUGUCUGGCGGCCAGUCUGAGGAAGAGGCCUCCAUCAACCUGAAUGCCAUGAACCAGUGUCCCCUUCACCGGCCCUGGGCCAUCACCUUCUCCUACGGCCGCGCCCUGCAGGCCUCCGCCCUCAAGGCCUGGGGAGGCAAGCCAGAGAACGGCAAGGCCUGCCAGGAGGAGUUCAUCAAGAGAGCCCUGGUA